UAUUGAGUAAGUAUUGAGCAAUAAAUAUAUCUAUAUUUAUUCAACUAAUAAUGGCACUAACUCUUAACAAUAUCUUAUGUAGUAUGUAUGUCCAAAGUUUGAAAAGCAUGUACGGGGAUCUCAAUGACGAUAUUGUUGAUAAACAACUAGAAGCUGACUUUCCGCGGUGGUUUCAAGAAUACGUAACGAUGAAUCACAAACUUAGGAGAGAAAAUUCUGACUUGUAUGAUUUGGCAAGGGGGCCUUUGAGACUAGCGAAAUCUUGGCCUAUUUAUUUUUCAAAUGGAUACAAAUUCCACACAACUUAUUGGGGUGAAGGAAAAACAACAUAUAACAGCGAGGUGUGUGUUAGUGGAAUAGGACAAGACGAAACCUCAAAUGACUAUUAUGGCGUUAUUACAGAGAUUCUAGAAUUUGAAUGGCCAAGUCAGACAACAAAAAAGUUGGUUUUAUUUUACUGUGAUUGGUUUGACCCUUCAAGACAUGGGAUGCGAAUACAUCGUCAAUAUAAGAUUGUAGAAGGAUAUAUAUUUAGAGGGCAUAUCAUAUGA